AUGGCGCUUGUUGACGCACCAGGGCCCGAGUUCUUCUUCAAGGGUCUAGCGACUUCCAGCUGUUCUGCGACGCAGCUCAAUGUGAGUGCAUGUCCUCCGUCGCCGGAGUGUCAGCCGAAGUGUCAGCCAAGGAACUGUGAGUUUGGAUCCUGGAGCGAGUGGAACCAACCGAGUUGCGUUGGCUUAUGUGAGCGGCACCGGACUGUGUUGGCGAUGAACAACGAAUGCGGCACUCCAUGUAUGGGAGCACUGCAAGAGACGAAGCAUUGUGAAGCUGACUGCCAAAUCACGCAAAACUGCAAGCUCUCCAUGUGGUCCAGCUGGUCGGGAUGCGAAGAGGCAGGACAAGCGGGCAACGACGUGGCAGCAUUGCAGAAGUUCCGUGAGCGACAGGUGCUGAGCAAGCCCAAGAACGGUGGUGUGCCGUGCGAAGGCAGUCUUCGCGAGACGACUACUUGCAAAGAAUCAUCUGAGGACACGGACUGCAUCCUGUCAAAGUGGAGCAGCUGGGGGGUGUGCAGCCACUCGUGUGGUCGCGGAUGGAAGAUGCGGAGCCGGCAGGUCAUGAUCCCUGCCCAGGGCAACGGGCAGCAGUGCACCGGACCCUUGCAGGAGAUCGGAGGUUGUGGCACUGAUCCGCUUGAUAUGACGAAGCCUGACAAGGCCUGUGGCUCGAGUCAUGACUGCGAGUUCGAAUCCUGGACGGAGUGGUCGGGUCUCGAUGGGGACAACCAAAGGUUUCGAACCAGAAAGGUUGCUGUUCCUGCUUCCGGUGGCGGAACUCCUUGCGACGGGCCACUGCAUGAAACGGAAACUGGGCACGAGGAGAAGGUUGACUGCCAAAUGUCAUCAUGGACUUCCUGGUCCAUAUGUGACCGGACCUGCGGAGGUGGCCAAUCGCAAAGACAGCGUCAGGUCGAGAGAUUUCCAAAGAACAAUGGGGCGACCUGUCCACAAGAACUACUUCAAACCCGUGGCUGCACAUUGCAGGCCUGUGACUCCAAGGAUGCCGAGAUCAGUGAUUGGACGGAUUGGAGCCAAUGCUCCACGACGUGUGGUCCCGCAAACCAGGCCCGCAAGAGGCAGGUUCUGGCCCUUCGCGGUGAGGGGGGAGAGGGCAUCACUGCCGACUUGGCCCAGACAAGACCUUGUGCUGAUAACCUGCCUUGUGAGAAGUAUGACUGUGAGUGGCACGACUGGUCGGCUUGGAGUGACUGCACCUGCACCUGUGGGGGUGGCCAGAGGACACGAGACCGAUCUGUUCGCCGAAUGCCCAGUCAUGGUGGAGCACCUUGCCAAGCCAAGGACAAAGAGGAGAUUGAGCCCUGCAACGUGCAGAAAUGUCACGAAGACAACUGUAUCGACGGCGAGUUUGGUGCAUGGUCCAAUUGGGGAAUGUGCUCUGCCUCGUGCGGUGGAGGAGUCUCUUUCAGGCACAGGGCCAUCGUGCAGGAUGCCAACGAGUGCGGAAAGGAACCUGCUGGGAAGGCUCGCCAGACGAGGUUUUGCAACACGGACGUGGACUGUGAAGCGCCCGUAGACUGCCUCUUUGCAUCGUGGUCUCAGUGGACCCCCUGCACCCGUACUUGCGACGGUUUACAGCGCCGCAACAGGCGUGUCGACAGAUUUGGCCGCGGCAAGGGCAAAUGGUGCGUUGGAAACCUGAAAGAAACAAGGACUUGCAAUCCUGUUGUUGGAGAUGCCUCGCCAGCAGGGUGCUCCACAGGUCCCAUUGCCGAUUGUCGAUUCUCCAUGUGGGCCGUCUGGUCGGUCUGCAGCGCCACAUGCGACGGUGGCAUGCACACUCGUUCGAGGACCAUCGUGUCAGAAGCUGCAAACGGGGGCCAGGCUUGCGAAGGUCCGAUGACGCAAGUCCGCGAAUGCAGUCGCAACGAAUGCGUACUGCCCCCUCCCAGAGACUGCAAAUUGGGUGACUGGCGUGAAUGGGGUGCCUGUGGCAAGUGUAAUGGCCAACGCUUCCGCAGCCGGAACAUCAUACAGUAUGCCGAGAAUGGUGGGCUGAACUGUGACGAUGCGGACACGCAAGACUCCACGUCAUGUCCCAGGCAAUGCCAUGAGCCGUCCUACUGCGUGUGGUCGGACUGGGAAGCUUGGAGCAGAUGUUCGGUGAGAUGCGGCACCGGCGGAAAGCGAAGCAGAAGACGAUGGUUGGAGGUCACCAGCGACAAGUCACGGGCGCUGGACGUUCUUCCUCCCGUGGAGGACCUGCUGCAGAAGUACUCCAGGCUAUAUAGUCAAACUCAGGAUUUGCAAGACUCGCACAUAUGGGAACUGCUCUCGGCCUUCGCUGCUGGCUGUGUGGCCUUCGUGACAUUGCUCGGGCUUGUCAUCACGUUUUCUGGCAAUUCGGCUGCCACUGCCUCCCUCUCCCUGUCAUCGCGGACGGUCUCACGCAGGCUGAACCUCGUGGAGACACAUGCGGACCAUGUGGAGGCUGAAGGAUUAUCUGACGACGGUGACUUGGAGGACGUUGGUGAGGUUGCACUCGAGCUCCCUCUCCGUGUCCAUGGAGCCAGGCCCAGGUGA